UUUGAAGUGGCUUCUCUGGGCUGUUUGAACAGGAAGGCGGACAUGUUGGCCAGGCUGUGGGAGAAAAUCGGGCACCGUCUGCUGUUUUCCUCUCUCACGGCAGCCAAACUUGAUGCUAGCGCCACUGCUAUCUGAGACAAGGAGGCUUCGGAACGCCGAGUGUGCGAGCGUCGCUGAGCGCCGGGGCCGCGGCGGAAGCACCGCGCAGACGUUACAACCACUCCACGUUCAGAGGAUCGACAUUUGGAAGAAGAAGAAGCAGAAGUUUUUUCCCCCCACUUCUACUUUUGAGCUGUCAGACUGGCGUGUCGCCCUGUGCAGGGGCCUGCUGCAGCAAUGUGAGCGGGCCUGGAGGUGGCACCGAGCUGACGAAAGGAACGGACUGCAGAUGCUAGUUUGAACUUCCUUUUGUUUUGAUGCAGCGACAUUUGAAGCCCUUCUGCUCCGUGGCAUCCUGCGGAGGCUGACUAAUCUCGGUCCGUUUCCAGCCAAAGUUGCCGGACAUACAUGCGAGGGGGGGCGUUUUUCUACACAGAAUGUGGCUUCUACAGACCCACCGUGACCUCGGACGGCUCCUGUUGAUGUCUUCCCUCUGAACUGCGACCAAAGUUGACAAGAAGAACGGAACAUUCGGCUAGCUGGCUACCACUGGCUGCUAAAGCUAGCUAGCCAGCGAGCAUUUGUUGUUUGGUCCGAAACCACCCGGGACAGUGUGUGACGGCAAACAUGUCGGCAGGAGAAAGCAUGGAGGCUCGGUUCGGGAAAAUCGAUGCCAUGUUGAAGGACCCGAAGUCGGAAAUAAACACAGACUGUCUUCUGGAUGGGUUGGAUGCGCUCGUCUAUGACCUGGACUUUCCUGCCCUGAGGAAAAACAAGAGCAUUGACAACUUCUUGAAUAGAUACAAGGACACCAUCAGCAAAAUCCGAGAUCUACGUAUGAAAGCCGAGGAUUACGAGGUUGUCAAGGUCAUUGGGAGGGGUGCUUUCGGAGAGGUGCAGUUGGUGAGACACAAAGCUACGUGCAAGGUGUACGCCAUGAAGCUGCUGAGCAAGUUUGAGAUGAUCAAAAGGUCGGACUCUGCUUUCUUCUGGGAAGAGAGAGACAUCAUGGCUUUUGCCAACAGCUCCUGGGUGGUGCAGCUCUUUUUCGCAUUCCAGGAUGAUCGCUACCUCUACAUGGUGAUGGAGUACAUGCCCGGUGGGGAUUUGGUGAACUUGAUGAGCAACUACGACGUCCCUGAGAAAUGGGCUCGCUUUUACACUGCUGAAGUGGUGCUGGCUUUGGACGGGAUCCACGCCAUGGGCUUCAUUCAUAGGGACGUGAAACCUGAUAAUAUGUUGCUCGACAAAGCUGGUCACUUAAAACUGGCGGACUUUGGAACCUGCAUGAAAAUGAACAAGGACGGUAUGGUACGAUGUGACACAGCUGUGGGAACUCCAGACUACAUUUCACCAGAGGUACUGAAAUCUCAAGGAGGAGACGGUUAUUACGGCCGGGAGUGUGACUGGUGGUCGGUGGGAGUUUUCCUCUAUGAAAUGCUAGUGGGUGACACGCCGUUCUAUGCAGACUCCUUGGUCGGCACCUACAGCAAAAUUAUGAAUCAUAAGAACGCCCUGACCUUCCCUGAUGACAGCGACAUCUCCAACGAUGCCAAGAAUCUCAUCUGUGCAUUUCUGACUGACAGGGAGGUUCGCCUCGGAAGGAAUGGUGUGGAUGAGAUCAAGAGACACCCGUUUUUUAAGAAUGACCAGUGGACUUGGGAGAACAUCCGAGAGACUGCCGCCCCUGUAGUUCCUGAGCUGAGCAGCGACAUAGACACCAGUAAUUUCGAUGACAUUGAAGAAGAUCGCGGCGAGGAAGAGACAUUCCCAAUACCAAAGGCCUUCGUCGGCAACCAGCUCCCCUUUGUUGGUUUCACUUACUACAGCAAUCAGCAUCUGUUGCGCAGCUCCAGUGGCAGCACCAAGACCAGUGACAAACGCAGCCCCUCAACAAAGGAAGACAAGAGUCAUCUGGAGAAUAUGCAGAAGAGAAUCUACCUGUUGGAGGAACAGCUGCACACUGAGAUGCAGCUGAAGGAUGAGCUGGAGCAGAAGUGCAGGAGCUCCAACACCAGGAUCGACAAGAUCAUGAAAGAAAUGGACGAGGAGGCCAACUUGAGGAAAAGUGCCGAGGCCAGCGUGUCUGCACUGGAGAAGGAGAAGCACAUGCUGCAGCACAGAUUUGCUGAGGUCCAAAGAAAGGCUGAAUCAGAGGCAGAAAAGAGGCGCAAUUUGGAGAAUGAAGUUUCGACUCUAAAGGAGCAGCUUGAAGACAUGAGGAAAAUCAGCCAGAACUCUCAGGCCUCGAAUGACAAGAUCUUGCAGCUUCAGAAUCAGCUGGAGGAGGCCAAUGACCUCUUGAGGGCAGAGUCUGACACGGCGGCACGACUGAGGAAGAGCCACACGGAGAUGGCCAAGUCCAUGAGCCAGCUGGAGAGUUUGAACCGUGAGCUGCAGGAGAGGAGCCGUUCGGCCGACGGAGAGAAGAGUCAGCUGGAGAAGGAGCUGCUGCUUCUUCAGAGCACGCUGGACUCCGAGAGGAGGAACUACAGCCAGGGAUCUGAGGAGAUCAGAGAGCUGCAAGCGAGGAUGGCAGGUCUGCAGGAGGACAACAAGAACUUGAAACACACAGUCUCCAAAGUGGAAGCGGAACGUAAACAGGCCCAGGAGAGAAGCAACAACCUGGAGAAGGAAAAGAAUAACCUCGAGAUCGACCUGAACUACAAGCUGAAGACUCUGCAGCAGCGACUGGAGCAGGAACAGACUGAACACAGAGUCACGAGGGCACAGCUCACGGACAAAUACGAGUCCAUUGAAGAAGCCAAAUCAGCCGCCAUGACUGCUGUCCAGCAAAAGAUGUCAGAGGAGAACGGAGCCAGAAUGCGAGCGGAGAGCCGGGUAGUGGAAGUGGAGAAGCAGUGCUCUAUGUUAGAGUUUGACCUCAAGCAGUCAGUGCAGAAGAUGGAGCAGCUGAUGAAACAGAAGGAAAGACUGGAAGAGGAUGUGAAGAGUCUGCGGAUACAGCUGGAACAGGAGACGAGCAAGCGUGUCUUGUCCCAGAAUGACCUCAAGAGCCGCAUGCAGGAAGUCGAUCGUCUGAGAUGCACAGAGAAGCAGCUGAAGCAGGAAAGCAACACUGCACUAGAGAGUAAACGCUCGCUGGAGUUCCAGCUGGCACAGCUGACCAAACAGUACAGAGGCAACGAGGGACAGAUGAGGGAACUUCAAGACCAGCUCGAGGCUGAACAGUAUUUUUCUACGCUUUACAAAACUCAGGUCAAAGAACUGAAGGAGGAAAUUGAUGAGCGGAACAGACAGUUGCAGGAGGCUCAAAAGAAGGUGCAGGAGUUGUGCAGUGACAGGGAGUCCCUGUCCGCUCAGCUGGACCUGACAGUGACCAAGGCGGAGUCUGAGCAGCUUGCACGGGCCCUGCAGGAAGAGCAGUACUUUGAGCUCAGCCAAGAAAACAAGAAGACCAUCAUGAGGCAUAAGCAGGAGCUCGGAGACAAGGAUGCCACAAUUGCACGGCUCGAGGACUCGAAUAAAACGCUGACCAAAGAUGUGGAGAACCUCAGUAAAGAGAAGGCUGAGCUGAAUGAGAAGGUUCAUUCUCAAGAAGAAGAGUACGCAGCGCAGAAGGAUGAGAUAACCAAUUCAUUAAAGGCCCAGUAUGAUAAGAUUCUGAACACAGAGCGCACACUGAAGACUCAGGCGGUGAACAAGCUGGCGGAAAUCAUGAACCGGAAAGACAUGAAGUUGGACCAGAAGAAGAAGGGAAGCACUGCCGACCUGAGAAAGAAAGAGAAGGAGAACCGUAAGCUACAACUGGAGCUCAACCAGGAGAAGGAGAAGUUCAAUCACAUGGCCAUCAAGUAUCAGAAGGAGCUGAGUGAGAUGCAGGCGCAACUGGCCGAGGAGUGCACCUACCGCAACGAGCUGCAGAUGCAGCUGGACAGCAAGGAGAGUGACAUCGAGCAGCUUCGGGAGAAGCUCAACGACCUGCAGCAGCGGAUGGACAACUCCAGCAUCACGAGCUUGCAGACGGACGAGACGGACAGCAACAUCGCAGAGUCCAGGCUGGAGGGCUGGCUGUCUAUUCCUAACCGUGCUAAUAUCAAGAGGUACGGCUGGAAGAAGCAGUAUGUUGUUGUGAGCAGUAAGAAGAUCCUGUUCUACAACGACGAGCAGGACAAGGAGCAGUCCAACCCCUCCAUGGUACUAGAUAUCGACAAACUGUUUCAUGUGCGACCUGUCACGCAAGGAGACGUGUACCGAGCCGAGACCGAAGAGAUCCCCAGAAUAUUCCAGAUCCUAUAUGCCAACGAGGGAGAGUGCCGGAAGGAGGCCGACAUGGAGACGGUGCCUCAGGGCGACAAGACCAACUGUCUUCCACACAAAGGACACGAGUUCAUCCCCACGCUUUACCACUUCCCUUCCAAUUGUGAGGCCUGCUCCAAACCCCUGUGGCACGUGUUCAAGCCGCCGCCGGCUCUGGAGUGUCGCCGCUGCCACGUCAAGUGCCACAAGGAUCACCUCGACAAGAAGGAGGACGUGAUUGCUCCUUGCAAAGUGAACUAUGAUGUGACCUCGGCCCGGGACAUGCUGUUGCUCGCGCUCACCCAGGACGAACAGAAGAAAUGGAUCGGUCAUCUUGGCAAGAAGAUCCCCAAAACCCCCCCAUCCACCUUCCUAAGAGCGUCGCCCCGCACACUGUCGACCCGCGGACCCAACCAGUCCUUCCGCAAGAACCCCAAAAGCAAUACAGGAAAGCUGAGCCGAGCGCAGUCCAGCCUCCAAGCAGCAGACACUACGUCCAGCACUUGCUGAGAGGAACCCCUGCACCAAGUGUUGCUUUAGUCAGACCCUCUGUUUGUUAACUGCCGACUCGUGGGGCACAUGGGAUUCCUGUCAUGUCAGGGUCACCAACCAACCAACCAACUAACUCACGCACAGCCUUCACUUGAGAGCGUGAGCCCCGGACCUCGCGGGGAAGACCGUUCUGACCUUAUUCCCUCCGUUAAAUCCCCAAAUAUGUGGGUGAUCAGUGAGCAAACUCUCAAGUGAAUGCUUCCGUUUGAAAGAUGCAGGUGUUUCUACGCUGAAAACUGUUUCUCACCUGCCUCCUCAUGAGAGGUCGUGUUGGCUCCCAUCCUGACGCUCUCUGCCGAGUCUUUCUUUCACUGGACGCCUCUGUGUUCUGUCUUUCAGCUAACCGUCUGACCACCGGACCUUCUUUCUGGACUCUGCUUUUCCUUGCCUAAUCCUUUACCUUCCAAAUGAAGACGUUCGAAAGCAGUCGCGCACGGCGGACAGGCGCCCGCCGCCACAUAUCCACGACCAGAGACGCCGCCUUCCCCGGGAGAGCCGUGUCAUCGUGGCGUUCCUCGGUUCAUUUUCAGGGGGGUUUGCUGGGACUUCUGCGAAUAGUUGUUCAGUUAAAGGUACGGUCGCACAGGGAUUGCAGGUCUGCGGGGAGCGAUGGAGACUCAGGGGGGGGGCAGGGAGGUGGCCGCCAUCGUCCCGCCUGAAGGAUCCUCCGCACGUUUUAACUGACUGAUGCCUUUUGUCUGACUUUUGCCUUUUAUUCUAAUUACUCUACGUCACUUAUCAGGUUCGGGGCAGAGUGUUGGGACACGAGUAUUAGAGCUCUCGAGCGCCACGUGAGGAGCACGGAAAUUCAUCAUUUAAUUCUAUGCAUUAUUUUUAUUCUAGUGAUUUUUAUUGCUCCAAGCCAUAAGUAACCUCCACCCACCGUGGCAGACUGGAGUCCUGAAGCUUCCUCGCUUUUUUUUUUUUUCUGUUUAUUUGGUACAUUGUAAUAUUUCUCUUUGUUCAGUGUUUGUUUUUGUAAUGUAUUGCCUUACAUUGAUUCACAGAUAAAUGGUUCAAAAGGAAAACAUUAAGUUAACAUUGUAAAACUGCACUGUUUGUAAAUUAUUUGUAGAAGACUUAACAGGUGUAGCAUUUGGCCACCUAGUGCCUUAAUGUUUGGAUGUUGUUUUUACUGCCAUAUCUGCGCGCUCUUUCUUUCAGACAAGACAAAUCACAACUCUUCCGUCAGUUCUUUUUAAGGAAAUGCCACAGGUGUGGUUUUAUUGAGACCUACUUGCUUGGAUUAUAUAUAAAUAAAUAUAUAUAUAUAUAUAAAUAUGAUUAGAUUACCACUCUAUGGACACAUUGCAAUGGUUAGCAUGUUGAAUAAAAAAACAGAAAAGUCCCUGCUCUCGUAUCAUUUGACAAGUUUCGGGAUGUUGCGAGCACAGCUGUCACGCGGUCCCGUGAAUGCAAACCCCCUGCUACAGUGUACAUACUGAGAAGCGACUAAAGGAUUCUGGAAUACCUCCGCAAUCUUUUGAUGUGUAACCUUCUGUUCAGUUGAAAAGAAAAGCACUGGAACUAUGAUUUUCUCUGGUCUUGGAUUAAUUGCAUGGUUUAUUGCAUUGCAGUCCGCACUGAUGGAUAUGUCAAUAAACAUAUCUUUAUCAUUG